GAGAGAUAUAAAAAUGAAAUAGCAAGUUAAAAAUUAUAUAGUAACAUUAUGACAUUUUCAAAAAUUUUGUUAAAGACGAUGUUACACACAAGAGAUUAUAAGCUAGCAUGAGAAAAAGAAAGUGCAUCAAUGUCAGUGUCGAUCCAAGACGCCAAAGUGCCGACAUUUGCCAACUUUGUAAUAGGUGGCAUAUCGGGAGUGGCAGCUCAGAUCGCAACGCAUCCUAUGGAUGUUCUUAGAAUACGCAUGCAAGUGUCGCGUAAUACUUUACGCGAUACAGCUUUACAAACGUUUGGCACGAACGGAGUUCGUGGUUUUUAUAUGGGACUGAGCGCGGGCCUUCUUCGUCAAUUGACUUAUACCACCAGCAGACUCGGAAUUUACAGCACGUUGUUGGAUAUCGGGGAACAACAUUUUGGCUAUUUAAAUUAUGUAACGAUGAUUAGUCUCGGGAUGAUAGCCGGCAUAAUGGGUUCUUUUAUCGGUUCCCCCACGGAUUUGAUAUUGAUACGCAUGGUAGCUGACAUGAAUUUGCCAACAGAAAAACGAAAGAAUUAUAAGAACGUCGUCAAUGGCAUCUCCGACAUAUGGAAAACCGAGGGAUUUACUGGAUUAUGGAGAGGAGCGGUGCCGACUAUGGGCAGAGCAGCGAUUGUCAAUGGAGCACAAUUAGGUACAUAUACUAGAGCGAAGGUGAUGCUGCAAAACACAGGAUACAUCCAAAACGGUAUACCAUUGCAAUUUGCCGCUGCCUUGAUGUCCAGUAUAAUUACAUGCUUCGCCUCGAUUCCGAUGGACGUUGCUAAAACUAGGAUUCAAAACUGGAGACAGUCUACGAAACCACCUAAUAUCAUAGCUAUGAUCGUUAAUAUUGUUAAGACGGAAGGCUUAAUAUCGUUAUGGAAUGGUUUUGUCCCAUCUUAUUCCAGAGCAGCACCUAAUACUAUAAUUACCAUGAUUCCGAGUCGCACAGUUGUGUAUGUGGCUUGUCUCACGAGACCGGCUGUCAAACCGUUGUAAAAUGAAAUGAUGCCUUCUUUGGUGUAUGUUGUGCUAAUUACGUCCAAAACCGAUGCUUUCCCCUUGUGCACUUGCAUCCUAUUCUUGAUCACGUCCAUUGGAUGAACCACACAAGUUCCCGCCAUUCUGA